UUGACUUCCGUUGUAUCUGUUAAGUCCUCGAGGUUUAGGUUAUAUGGUUAUUGAGCUAGCUGGCAUAUUUGCUAGCUACAAAUCGCUGAAAUAUGUUUUGUUUAUAUCUAAUUCGUGGCACGCAGUCGUCUUUAAAAUAUCAGCCGAUGGUCACUCAUUCCCGCCAUAUCGGUAAAGUUAUAUGGCCGGUGUCAAAAAUUAAUUGCAUUAAUGCAUCGCCUGUUCGUAGGAUCAAGUCUCCCUACACAUGCGUAUCGUUGAAGAAUCAGGAACAUUUGCUACAAGUCACAAAAAGGCCAUUCUUCCAUAGCGUUUCAAUAAAUAAGCAGGUUCAGUCUUCUCCACUACGCGAGUCCCUGCGUUGCUUCUGUUCAUCUUCUACCAGCAACUCCGAUGAGGGAAACCUGAUCUACACGGGCAGCCUGGCAAAAGCUGUUCUUGGUGUGAAAUUCUUCUCCUACUCCACCAGUAUAUUCACCAUGUGUGUGAUGCCUCAAGUCCUCCUGAAAACGGGCCUGGGGGUCCAGAGCCUGGCCCUGCAGGUGGCCUUCUGUGGCUUCAUUGGCAUCUUCACCUUCAUCACCCCAGUCCUCCUCCACCUGGUCACCAAGGGCUACGUGGUGCGCCUGUACCACAACCACGAAACCGACACCUACACGGCCGUCACCUACAGCGCCCUGCUGGUGGAGAAGAAGACCGUGUUCCACCAGAGCGAGGUCUCCGUGCCGGACGUGAGCGGCAUGUUCACCAGCUUCUACGCCAACAGAAGGGCCAUGCUGGUCAACCCCAUGCUCUUCAGUCUGCCCCACGACUACAACCACCUCAUGGGCUACGACAAGCCCUUCACCUUCGACAUGGACGCGUUCGACAAGCCAGACAGAAGCAAGCAAGGCUGACGAUGCUGAGCCCCGUUUACAGCACGCAGCAGGAGCUGAGGGUGAAAGAAGUGCCUGAACACUGGGGUUUGGUGCUGCAGUAUGAACAUUUGAACCGCACUGCUGCGACGUGAUGUUCAGUCUAGCCACGACAACACUUUUCCCUUAACAUAGAGUAAUGUAUUUAUUCCAGUAUUGCUUUUGAAUGAUUCUCAUUUUCCGCAUUUUUGCUUUAGUUAUUUCAGAUACUGUAAAAUUGAUGAUGACGUGUAAGUAUUCAGGCAAGGCGAAAAAUACAAUGCUGAUUUAUGGUUGUUGCAUACUUGUGGCUGGAUUGAUUGGCAUGUCAUAUCACUGAAGUAGAAGCUACACAACAUCAGUCCUGGAGGACUAUAAUCAGCCAUGUUUUAUUUCUAUUGUUUCUUCUUUAGCGUUUGACGUAAUUUUGUCCAAGCCGAAAAGCAUUUGGUUCACACUUAAACUUUAACCAAUGAAUCCCUUUAGGUUAAAGGGGAUGACAAAUGUGUUGAUUCUCUAUACAGUUGUUAUUUGUAUUCCAGCCAUGAUUGAUUUCCUGAAUCAAGCCUGUUAACCUGGUAGUGCAGCAUACCUUCAAAGUACUAUGGCUAUGGUCCACUGACCCUUGCUUGGGAUGCUCAAUUGGGCUGUAGGUUGAGCAAAUGAGCUCAGCCCUUGAAAAUUUGUUGAAGCUUGAGCAUUGUUUUUGGGUUGCCAGGUUGGAUAACAUGAGGCAGAGGGGUCAAAAUCCUGGUUAAUUCAAAGAGAUAACAGAUUGAACUGAUCUUUCUGCGAUGUUCCCUGUUUGUUUCCUUUAAAAAUGAUUAGAUUUUGAUGUAAUGAUUAUUGUAAAUACAUAGAUUUGAGUUUUCAAAAAUUCUAUUUCAAUAAAUAUUGGCAGAUUAAAGUAAGGCAAGA